AUGGAUCCUUCAAAGAUAAAACAGAGAAUCGGUCGCUUUCGGAUCCUCGUCAUAGGGAGAGCCAAUGCAGGAAAAACAACCAUUCUGCAGAGAGUCUGCAACACGCGGGACCAACCAGAAAUAUACAACAGCAAGGGGGAAAAGAUCGAUUUAACGGGAUCCAGAGGGCGCGGACUGCACGACAUUGAUGACGAAGUGGUGUUUCCAAGCAACCCGGGCUUCGUUUUUCAUGAUUCACGGGGUUUCGAGGCAGGCGGCGUAUCAGAAUUCGACAAGGUCCAGACAUUUAUCAUUGAGCGUUCCAAGGAAACAAAGAUAACAAAACGGCUCCACACUAUAUGGUUCUGCAUCCCAAUGGACGAAGCAUGUAGGUCGUUCACUGCAGCCGAGAAUAAGUUUUUCUCCCAGUGCGACACAGGAAGCAUACCUGUCAUCGUUGUGUUCACAAAGUUCGAUGCACUAUACGACGUCGCUUACACACAACUGAAAACAGAAGGAAAAUCUCGGAAAGACGCUAGAAAACUGGCCGCAAAACGCGCCGAAGAAACAUUUGCAAACGGACCGCAACUGAGGUUUCUCAAGGAUGUCCGAAAACCUCCACCAUGUCACGUAUGCCUUCCCAAUAUGGACAAAGAUGAUGCAAAUUCUGGACCACUGAUCGAACGCACAGCUGCAACUUUGGAUGAUGAAGUACUGAAGCGAUUGUUCGUCACGACCCAACAGACCAACUUGGAGGUCUGUAUGAAAUAUGCAAUUGAAAGAACAUUGCGAGAACAUUUUGGCUCUGCAGAGACAAGCGCAUCUGAAGGUCACGAGAAGAUAAUAGGAACCUUGGGCGCCUGGUUUCCACAUAUUUGGGACAAGCUUCGCGACGAUCACUGUGCGGUGAUACAAUCCAAGUUACUCUCUGUGGCCUGUGGCUUAUCGCCCUUGCACAACGUUGUUCAGCUCAUUUCCGCUGCUGUCAUUAUCUUCGAACACUCUUUCUAUAUUUUUGACAAGCGGCGCUAUCUUCAGGACAAGGGGCAGUCUGAUCCCUCUUUUUAUGUCGCACUGGAGCAGUACAUGUCAUCUCCGCAUGCAGCUGCUGUCGUGAAGGGUGUGAGCGACCCCGUUCACGCUUAUGAACAAGCGGUGGCUGCUUCAGUGAAGGAGAAAGAAUCUUCGUCCUCUCAGGCGAAGGCGGAGUUAAUCAACGCUGUUCUUGAAAUCACUUUAAAUCAUCGCCUGUCUGAGAUGGUGGUGGAAUCCACUGGGCUUGAUGUACCUCCGAAGCACUCUUUGUCCGAUUCAAGUGCAUUGAGUUCAGAUCCAUGGAACGUCUCUGUCAACCGGACGCGCCUCCGAAGUUUUCCUGUUGGCGAUCAGCAUAUCGAUUUGCAGUCGCUCCACUCUAAAAUAUCCUGUGACUGCCUUCGUAUGCCGGACAUGGAGGGACGUUCAAGUCUAUCUUACGAGGUGAACAUGGGAGCAGAGGAUGAAAAAGCGGAUGCAGCAGCCAUGGGCGUUGACACAUUUGACGAGGAAGACAAGCACGAAGAUGCUUGUCGUCGAGCUGAUGGCGACGGGUGUUGGCUAAGUGACACGAACUUGUUAAGCCCCAUGACAUUGGCGCGGACCGCUCGUGGUGAAGUCCUGCAGGUGGAUGCUGGAAGGGUGAAUGUAGGGAGUGCUUGUACCAUCCCGUGGACGCGGAGGCAUAUGUGGAUUGUUUGUGCUGUGGGCAGGCUUCCUCCUUGA